AUGGAAGGGUGCUCCACCAUCAAAGUCAGUGGCUCAAAUAGUAACAACACUGCGCCCGCCACCCCUGGCUCCAAUCACAACCGAAAACAGAGCACAACGGCCGGGAAGCAAGAACAGAGACCCUCCCACGGACCCAAUGAACCGCCCAAGAAGCAGGUUGUUCAUAAACCCAAAAACAAGCUCAACUCCAGGAGCCGGACGGGGGUCAUUCCCUGUGGAAUGCGGACCGAUUUUGGGUACGAUAAGAAUUUCGAUAAGCGGUACACGAUCGGGAAGUUGUUGGGUCACGGGCAAUUUGGGUACACGUACGUUGCAACCGAUAGGGCAAAUGGGGAUCAAGUUGCGGUCAAGAGGAUUGAUAAGAACAAGGUGGCGGCCGGCUUUGUGAUCAGAAAUGAAGAAGGUUUGUCAAUUGUUGCUGGAUCUAGCAAGAGGCCUGGGAGAGAACAUCAUCUCAGUAGCGGAAGCUUUCACCUUGAAGGUUGCCCUUUGUUUGGCUAA